AUGGGUCUCCGCAAGCGCUUCGAGCUGUUCUCGGAUAACCCUGAGCUGGGAACGGCGGGAGAAGGUCCAGUGUCGAACAAGGACCUCGACCCCGUACCCCUGGGUUCGCCGCAGCGGACAUGGACAUGGCCUAGUCUACUGGGAUUCUGGGUCGCCGAGGCCUUUUCGAUUUCCAUGUAUCAAGUCUCGUCCACGUCCGUUUCCAAAGGGUUGAACCCGGGCCUCGCCAUCCUCGCCGUCCUCAUCGGCCACCUCAUAGUGUGCAUCCCGGCCAUGCUCGACGGCUAUGUGGGCAGCGUCUUCGGUAUCAACUUUCCCGUCUUUACACGCGCCAGCUGGGGCAUGCGGGGCUCGUACUUCGCCGUCUUUGUGCGCGGCGUCGUCGCUUGCAUUUGGUUCGGGACGCAGUCCUUUCAGGGCGGCCAGUGCCUUCAGAUCAUGAUAUCAGCAAUCUGGCCGAGCUUCAACAACUUCCCCAACCGCUUGCCCGAAAGCGCCCACGUCACCAGUGCGGAGCUUCUGUGCUUUUUCCUGUUCAUCAUCCUUCAGCUGCCGCUACUGUGGCUGCAUGUGUCAAGUCUUCGGUACAUGUUUAUGGCGAAAACGAUUGUGAUGCCGGUAUUUGGGUUGACCUUGUUCAUCUGGGCUCUUGUGGCUGCUCACGGCUUCGGCCCUACGUUUUCGAAGCCCACGCAAAUCAAAGACGGCACGCCGGUCGCCGUCGUUUUCUUCCAGUGCGUGACAACCGCCAUCGGUCCCAAGGCGACGCUGGCACUCAACAUGCCUGACUUUACACGAUACGCCAAGUACCCGCGCCAGGUCUUCUGGACACAGGCUGUCGGCUUGAUCGUUCUCGUCACCAUGUGCGGCGUCCUCGGCGCAACCGUGUCAUCCGCCGCCGAAGUCAUCUACGGAGAGGUGACCUGGAAUCCGUUGGAAGUGGCCGUGCUGUGGAACAACCGCGCGGCUCAGUUCUUCGCCGGACUCUGCUGGGCCUUCGCCGUCGUUGGAACCAAUAUCUCGGCAAACAGCGUCUCCUUCUCGAACGACCUGGCGCUAUGGUUCCCUAAAUAUGUCAACAACCGCCGCGGUGCGUACGUCUGCGCGAUCCUUGGCAUUUGCGCCGUCCCGUGGAAUAUUCAGUACAAUGCGAAGUCUUUCUCUUCGUUCCUAGGCGGCUACUCGCUGUUCCUGGGCGCCAUUGCUGGCAUCAUUUGCGUGGAUUUCUGGAUCUGCCGUUCGCGCCGCCUCUCAAUCUCAUCGCUCUACAGCACUCGCGGCACCCAUUGGUAUACUGGCGGGGUAAAUGUUCGCGCAGUGGUAGCAUUCAUCUGCGGCAUUGCACCGAACUUGCCUGGGUUAGCAGCUGCGUGCGGCCAGAGCAGAGUCCCGGUGGGCGCAACGUACCUCUACAGCUUAAGCUGGUUGGUGAGCACUGUUGUUGCAGGCUUCGUCUACUGGCUGGGCUGGAAGAUUAAGCCAUUCCCGAUUGAUGAAACAAGGGAACUGUACAUCGAUGGCAGCGAGGCGGGAACAUACACGCCGGAAGAGACGAACUCGGUGAUUGGAAAGACACAGGACGCGAAGGUGACCACGGACCCUGGAGUUUAG